AUGGACGACGCAGAUGGGAUACCACAGCUACGGAACGAGGACUCGGUUCACUGUGACGGAUUAGCUUCCGAGCUUUGGAGCGACAUUUCUGAAAGAUCACAGCAAUGGGACCAUGAGUCUAUCUACAGCGACGAGGCGGCCUCUGAGCCUAUGAGCAUCUCUUCAGGAGAACUACCACCACAGGGCGGUCUCUAUGACCACGACGAUGAGUAUACUACAAGUUUGCCAAUACCGUCUGCUGUGACAGAGCCCGCCGACGAUGAUGAUCCUGGCAUAUCAGAAACACCGCCUGUUUGGGCAAACUCCGAAGAGUCGAUGUCCAACCCAGACCCAGAGUCCGACGAAGCAGAAACGCCGGAACAACAUCAUGAGCUUGACCACUACGACAAGUAUGCUGCGCAGUUCCCGAGACCGUCUGUUGCAUCGGCGCUUGAUGAUGAUGGUGGAAGACCUGAAAUACUCCCAUCUCAAGCCCACAUUCCCAACCUCAACAAUGGCACGGGCACGAACCUCACAGAGCGAGCACCCACCAUUAACGGAUGGCCCUCCUCCGCAGGACUAUCCACCGAAACGGCCGCCGAGAAUCACAACGUCUGCCCCAAGUGCCAGCGCCGCUUCCAAUCGUCCCUCGUCUUCCAGAAGCACAUGAAGGAGCUCCCCUGUGAAGAAGGACCCUUCGACUGCCCAGACUGCGGUCGGACGUACGCCAGGGCUGCUGCUUUGAAGGAGCACAUGCAUGGGUCGUGGAGAAGGGAGAAAUCGUGUCCGGGCGCUGCAUUGAAGGGCACGGAUGGUGAUGAGGAUGGACUUGCUAACGACUUGCCUGAUCUCGUCGACACCGCCUCGAUAGAUCGCGCAGAGCCAAACCCCAACCCGAACCCCGACCCCUCCUCCGCAGGACCAUCCGCCGAGACGGGGCUUGAGACACCGCAUCUCUGCCCGACAUGCCAGCACCGUUUCCCAUCAGCUUAUCACUUACGGAAGCACAUCGAGAUCCCUUGUCAAGGUUUGACUUGCCCAGACUGCGGUCGCAAGUACGCCAAGGCAUGGCAGCUGGCAAACCACUUGAAAGGGAAGGUACCGGGUGUGAAGAAGAGAGCAUGCGUAGCGUACGCUGCAUCGAGGGGCACGGAUGUUAUUGGACAGGGGCUGUGA